AUGACACUAAAUUUACUGGGAAUGGUCUCGGAGACGGGUGCCAGUUAUAGGAGUGCUGGAUCAUGUUUAACAGCAACCAGGAUGGCCGUGGACGAUGUGAACAAGUGCGACACAGUUUUGAAAGAUUAUGAUCUUGUUUAUAAAUGGAUAGAUAGUAAGUGUGAUCCUGGGACUGCGUUAGAUAGAAUGUUUCGGCAUCUAUAUCAUGAUCCUCCUUAUAUCAUGUUGCUAGGGGCAGCCUGCUCGGUGGCGACCGAGGCCACCGCCCAAGUAUCUUACUUCUGGAAUCUUACACAGGUAUCGUAUGAGUCAUCGUCUCCAGUCUUAUCAAACCGAGCAAGAUUUCCACGUUUCUUCCGACUUUACCCACCAGACCAGAAGCUAAACAUUGCAAGGAUAGCUCUGAUGAAAUAUUUUAACUGGACAAUGGUCGCUACAAUAAAUGAAGCUAGGGAAUAUUUUUCUGCAGUGAUUGGAGAUUUUGUUCAAAGACUUGAAGGUACAGGAACAACCGUUAUCUCUCAGGAAAUAUUUGUAAAUGAGCCUUAUAGUAGAGUCCAAAACUUAAAAAGACGUGAUGCUAGAAUUAUUAUAACAGCAAUGUAUGAAGACAUGGCCAGAGAGACGUUAUGUGCGGCCUUUAAGAUUGGUUUAUAUGGACCUCAUAUUGUAUGGAUGUUCACGGGAUGGUUUUCAAAGACAUUUUGGAAAGAAGACCUGGAUAGAUUGGAUUGUAAUGAAGAGGAAAUGGCGACAGCUGUAGAGGGAGCAAUUCUUACAGGAGCUGUGUUUAUGAACCCUGUUGAGGAAAGAGGGGCUGCAAAUAUUACAGCAAAGGAGUUUGAAAUUUUGUACAAGAACAAUUCAUUAUAUGAUAAAAAGUGGGCGUCAACAGACACUAUAGCACCGUUCUGUUACGAUCAUAUCUGGGUCUCCUCCAUGGCGCUAGACUGUGCUGAUAAACAAUUGCGGGAAAAUGGAUAUAACAAAACAUUAGAUGGGUUUACCUACAGUGAUGUAGUCAUCGGUGACAUCGUAUUCAAUUGUAUGAGUAAUAUAUCAUUCACGGGAGUAUCUGGUCGCCUCUCAUUCAGAAAUAGUUCAGAUCCAGAUAGAAGUGUAGACAUAGAACGUAUACAAGAUGGUGAUCGUAUAAAGAUUGCCUUGUACAGACAAGACGUGGCCGACAAACACUUUGAAUGGGUGCCCGGUGCACUGAGAUGGACAAGUAAAUCAAUUUGUACUUCUAAUUACUGA